UCGCAUUUAUAAAUAUAUAUUUCACACUAUUACUACUACAAUACAAUUCAAAAUGACUGACAAGAUUUCCGAGGAUAUGAUCAGCGAGCAGCAGAUUAGCGAGUUCAGAGAGGCCUUCAGCUUGUUUGACAAGGACAAUGACGGCUGCAUCACCAUGGCUGAGCUCGGAAGCGUCAUGCGGUCCAUGAACCAGAACCCCACGGAGGCUGAGCUCCAGGAUAUGAUUAAUGAGUUUGCCGAGUUCCUCACUCUGAUGGCGCGCCAGUACAACACUGGCGACGAUGAGGAGGAGCUGAAGGAGGCGUUCCGCGUUUUCGACAAGGACGGCGACAGCUUCAUUUCUGCCAGCGAGCUGCGUCACGUCAUGACCAGCCUUGGGGAGAAGCUGACCACUGAGGAGGUUAACGAGAUGAUUAACGAGGCUGACGUCGAUGGCGAUGGCCAGAUUAAUUACGAGGAGUUUGUCAAGAUGAUGAAGACCAAGUAAAUUUGUUCAGUUCGUUUUUGUCUCUCUUUUUCUAUUAGUAUUCAAUAUUUAAUGCUUGUUAGCGUACUUUGUUUUACUUGUUUUUCUUUUAAAAACUAAACCUCUAGUUUACAACAAAGGGAAAACAGGCCAAGGCCAAAAACCAAGGACAAGACAAAGACCAGAGUGCUGUCCCAUUGUCACUUUUUUGUAUCCAAAAAAGC